AUGUUUAAAAAGAUCUGGGAACAAUUUAAAGAUUUAACACUAACACAGAUUAUUACAACAGAAAUUGUUGAAGAUCAAGGUCAGCUAUUAUCGGACACCUUUAAUGCUUUUUUAUUUUGUGUAUAUAGUCGACCACGGUCGCCACAAGAAGCAAGAGGAGUGAAUAAUGAAGUCGAACUAUUGUUACCAUGUGAAUUUUGUCAAACUUUAUUGACAAUAUAUACUUUUGAACAUCAUCAGAUGCUAUGUGAAAAAAACCCAAACAAUAAUUUAACGAAACAAUCCGAAAGACAAGUGUCUACCGAAGUUAAUGAGCCAACUCUAUCAUUGCACACGGUUCCAGCAAGAGCUCCUCCACCAUCACAACCUGUUGUAUCAUUAAAUAAUAAAGUAAAAGAAUUGGAAUCAAAGAUACAAAAAUUAGAACAACAACAUCAAUGUGCGAUAUGUUAUGAGCGUGAAAAAGGCAUUGUUUUUACAUGUGGUCAUUCGACGUGUCGUCAAUGCUCGGAACAAAUACAAACAUGUCAUAUAUGCAGAAAACCAAUAAGGACUAGACUUCCUCUCUAUUAG